CAUGCACGUUGCUUCUACCGGUGUUCUUCUUUCGUCCAGUUCGUGCAAGAAUCAUGCGAAAAAUGGCGUCUGUUUGGGGACUCUGCAACUGGGUCGCCGCCGUUUUCGCCGCUCUUGUUCUUCUCGGUGGAGUCUCCAUGAAGGCGAAGGUUGAAGCUGCGAGGGAAUUCAGGGUGGGUGAUGGUGAAGGUUGGCAUGAACCUGCUGAGCUCAACUCCUCACUGUACUCUGACUGGGCUACGAGGAACAGGUUCCACGUCGGAGAUUCUCUCAAUUUCGAGUACAAGAACGACUCGGUCCUGGUGGUGGACAAAUGGAGCUACUACCACUGCAAGGCGAGCGACCCCGUCACUGCCUUCGACAACGGGAACAGCACAUUCACUCUCGACAAGCCCGGUUUCUUUUACUUCAUAAGCGGGACGGCCAAUCACUGCAAGAACGGCCAGCGCUUGAUCGUCGACGUGAUGUCUCCUCACCGGAUCCCUCGCUCCGCUCCUCCCUCCAUCGCCAGUGCUCCGGAGGCUGGCGUGGGUGGCCUUUCUCCUUAUGCCUCCCCACUCUCUAGUGCUUCCUCAGGAGCAGCAAGGGGGACCUCACCAGCUGCGGUUGCCGUUCUCAUGAGUCGAUUGGCCAUGGCUACUUUUGCAGCUAGGAUGCGUUUUUAUCAUUAGCGUCAGGAGGAUUUGGUGUUUAGGGGACUCAAGUAGUUGAUUAAUUUGUUUCCACUCGUCAUUCCGUCAUGGUUGUUUAGUUUAUAUUGCUCUAAUUUGUUGAAUUUGGUUAAUGUGUUGGGUAUCUAGGGUUGGUUAUGUUUGAUUGAUGAGCAUUUGUAUUUGAUUCAUUAGAACUCGAGACAUAUUUGGAGGUUGGCCCUCUAUUCUAUA